CACGCUCGCAGACGCAUUCUCCCUCUCCGCGCCCUCUGCCUCGGUCUCCCCGUCCCCCUCUUUCUCUUUCAGUUUUGCAUGCCCCGCAACCUUUUAAAAUGUUGCCCCUUCCCUGUGAUUCGCCAGGCGCCGCGCCGCGGCCCCCCGCGCGCUCGCCCGCUCCCUCUCUCGCCCGCUUUUUGUCUCUCGCGCUCCCUCUCCCCACCUCCGAUUUGCCACACUGAGACUCCCGUCAAUGGACUGCAUUGAGAGCCGGCUCCGGCGCGAGUUGCCUCUCCGCUUCACGCUCGAUUUCCAGGCAUUCUUCCCUUAUUAAGUAUUCGUGUAAUAUUAAUAGUCAUGAAUAUCUGCUAUUAGGAGGCUCCAGGAACGCUGGCCAGCGCGGUUAUUAGAAGCUCAAGUGAAGCCGCCGCUAAGAAAGAGGGGGAGACACGGAUUACUAAGGAACACGCACGCACGCGCGCACACGCACACACACUUUUUUUUGGCCUUUUUUUGGGGAGGGGGGUUCUUUUUUUUUUCUUUUUCUUCUUUUUGAAAAAGAACUUUUUGACUUAGAAUCGAUCACGGCAGGAUAGAGCCCGUGAGUUGGAGCAGCGGAAGGCGCCGAGCGAAUCGGUGGUUCAAGUUCGGAUGGAGCCGAGCGGGUCCCCCGCGCUCGCCGGAGCGUCUGCGCGGUGACUGGAGCCCGAGGUGGCGCGGGGGCUCUCGGUGCCUUUUGUGUCGGGGCGCGCUCGGGCCGCGGGGCAGCCCCGUACUCCACCCAGGCUUGCUUGGUUGUUGUUGGUUUUUUUUAUUUUUCCAUCCUGACUGGUUACCCCAGACUCUUCGCAGAUGUUAGUUCACAGUUUUUCAGCUAUGGACCGUCACGACGGCACCAGCAACGGGACGGCACGGUUGCCCCAGCUGGGCACUGUAGGUCAAUCUCCCUACACCAGCGCCCCGCCGCUGUCCCACACCCCUAAUGCCGACUUCCAGCCCCCCUACUUUCCCCCGCCCUACCAGCCUAUCUACCCCCAGUCGCAAGAUCCUUACUCCCACGUCAACGACCCCUACAGCCUGAACCCCCUGCACGCCCAGCCACAGCCGCAGCACCCGGGCUGGCCCGGCCAGAGGCAGAGCCAGGAGUCUGGGCUCCUGCACCCGCACCGGGGGCUGCCCCAUCAGCUGUCGGGCCUGGAUCCUCGAAGGGACUACCGGCGGCACGAGGACCUCCUGCACGGCCCCCACGGGCUCGGCUCCGGACUCGGAGACCUCCCCAUCCACGCAUUACCUCACGCCAUCGAGGACGUCCCGCAUGUAGAAGACCCGGGUAUUAACAUCCCAGAUCAAACUGUAAUUAAGAAAGGCCCCGUGUCCCUGUCCAAGUCCAACAGCAACGCCGUCUCCGCCAUCCCCAUUAACAAGGACAACCUCUUCGGCGGUGUGGUAAACCCCAACGAAGUCUUCUGUUCAGUUCCGGGUCGCCUCUCGCUCCUCAGCUCCACCUCGAAGUACAAGGUCACGGUGGCGGAAGUGCAACGGCGCCUCUCACCGCCCGAGUGUCUCAACGCGUCGCUGCUGGGCGGAGUACUGCGGAGGGCAAAGUCCAAAAAUGGAGGAAGAUCUUUAAGAGAAAAACUGGACAAAAUAGGAUUAAAUCUGCCAGCAGGAAGACGUAAAGCUGCCAAUGUUACCCUGCUCACUUCACUAGUGGAGGGAGAAGCUGUCCACCUAGCCAGAGAUUUUGGGUAUGUGUGCGAAACUGAAUUUCCUGCCAAAGCAGUAGCUGAAUUUCUCAACCGACAGCAUUCCGAUCCCAAUGAGCAAGUGACAAGAAAAAACAUGCUUCUGGCUACAAAACAGAUAUGCAAAGAGUUCACAGACCUGCUGGCUCAGGACCGAUCUCCCCUGGGGAACUCGCGGCCCAACCCCAUCCUGGAGCCUGGGAUCCAGAGCUGCUUGACUCAUUUCAACCUCAUCUCCCACGGCUUCGGCAGCCCGGCAGUGUGCGCAGCGGUCACGGCCCUGCAGAACUAUCUCACCGAGGCACUCAAGGCCAUGGACAAAAUGUACCUCAGCAACAACCCCAACAGCCACACGGACAACAGCGCCAAAAGCAGUGACAAAGAAGAGAAGCACAGAAAGUGAGGCUCUGCUCCCGCCCUGACCCCCCCCUCCCGCCUCACCAGCCCUCUGGCGACCUCCCCUCCUCCCCCCCGCACCUGGCAGGUGACAGCCCCUGGAUCAGUCACCCCCAACUUCUGCUGCUACCGCUGCUGCGCUGCGCGCUGCUGCUGCUGCCGCCGCCCUGCGAAACCCCGAACCCUCGGGACAGCUCUCUCCACUGCCAGUGGGGCAGCCGCUGCCCACGCAGCUCCCCCUCCCACCCCUGCCUCGACUUCCCCAUCAGCACCAAACGCCCCCUUGCCCUCCUGUGGAGCCUAAGAGAACAGAACAGGCCGUGAAGCCAGCAAAGAAAAGUUCUGUCCAGUGUGUCAACCUUUUCCCCCCUCCCUCUCCUUUUUUUGUUCUUUUUAAAGAAAACCCACCAGAUCAUCAACAACAGACGUUUAAAACUUUUUUUUUCUAAAAAAAAAAACAACAACAAAAAGACAUAGUAACUUAAAAAAAUUAUAUGAGCUUCAUGGGACUGAAUCACCAACUUCCCUUAUAUACUUCAGUUCAGAUUUGCAGCCAUACUU